AAGUACUUGCAUAGUUGCAUUAACAACUUUCAUGCAAAUAUGGCUUCCACUUCAUAUACUCUCUUGUUACUUUUACUACUCAUCUCUCUUUUUCAGGUGUCUUUUUCUUCAUCAUCCGAGACCCAUGAACAUCGACUCCAGGCGGUGAAAGGAGCAAACCGGAGGCUUUUGACGUUAGUAGACUGUGAGGGGCUGUGUGCAACAAGAUGCGGGAAACAUUCAAGGCCAAACGUGUGCACAAGAGCAUGUGGCACGUGCUGCAAGAGGUGCAAUUGUGUGCCACCUGGCACUCAUGGCAACAGAGAACUGUGUGGGAGUUGCUACACUGACAUGCUGACUCAUGGAAAUAGACUUAAAUGCCCCUAGAAAUAUGUGCGACUUUUGGAGUUAUUAUGUUUAAAAAAUAUGUAGCUUUUAUGUAAUAUUUUCGAAGUUCCAUCUUAUGAAAAAGUAGGAAAGAUAAAUAAUGUAAAAUGAAUAUUAAAUAAAUAAAGUAGUUGGUAAUAAUAAAUCAUCUUUUUUCAUUGUACAA